CCAGGCGUACGCUACCGGCUAUUUCGGAUAUGUUUAGAAUGAUGUUUUUGUCGGUUGCGUCGCGUCAAGAGCGUUGCUUUUGUUAGGCGACGAGUCGAGUUCAACUUUAAAAAUGCAUUUCGAAAUGCGUCCUAUUUAGUUCCGCUAUAUUUGAACGCAAGUUUGUUUAUGUUUUGAAUGGGCAGGGGAGCGUUGUGUCGCGCCGCGAUGUAAAUGGGGGUGUGAGUGAAGUUAAAGCCGGAAGUUAAAGUUGCGCUCGAAUGUCACGAGCAUCUGUGACUCGAGCUCAUUCAAGCGUUUGCGUGCGCUCGGAUCCCUCGCGACGCGUUUAUGAAGUUAUUGUGGUGCGCGUGCAAAUCAAAAACUGAGACAGAUGAGCUCUUUUUACGAAGAUAAAAGUGAGUUAGGGCUCGUGGAGGAGCUGCGGCAGGUGAACUGUCAGGAUGAGCUGGAGUUUGACUAUCUCUUUGAAUAUGAAUUUCCUCCGGGACAUCAAGAUGAGCAAAGUAUCUCAUCACACAAAGACCUCAACUCACCGUCCUGCCUCUCCUAUCCAUUGGAGGAAGCUCCGGCUUACGGCUUCAAGCCUUGCGUGCCCACCUACGACGAGGUCAGCGCCGAGGGUCUCGGUGGUUUUGAGCAACUGGAAGCGAAGGGCUACCUGGAUCACACCAGGCCAAACAACCAGGCCCUGAGCCCCAGGAUUGAAAUCACCCCUUCACGUGAGCACUAUAGUCAUGGUCGAGAAUCCCUCCAGCCCAAUCUCGUGAACAUCAGCCCCAGUCCUGGGCUCACCGUGCCGGGUCAAGAUCCCUUAGCCUACCGAGAGCCCACGUGCCUGAGUCCCGCCAGCAGUAACUCAUCUACCUCCUGGCACUCGGAGAACCUCUCGCCCUGGGCGUCGCCCUGCGUAUCCCCCAGCAACAGCCAGGCAGCUGGGGAACUCUGCCCGCGACUCCAGGGCAUCCAUACGGGUUCUCCUCGUGCGAGUCCGGGAACCUCCCCUCAUUCCAGCCUGGCCGAGGACGGCUCGGUUAGGCCGCGCUCUCCUUCCUCCAGGCCCGGGUCACGUUCCACCUCCCCCCUAUGCAAACGCACCUACGACAUGUACAGGAACCCCAACCUGGUGCCAGGAUCCCGCUCGCGCAGCCCGUCGCCCCACGGCGGCCACGAUGACCAUCAGGGUGGCCAUUAUGGUUUGAACAACCUGUCCGGUGCCUUGAAUGGGUUCAAUGUUGGGCAGGCUAGCUCCAUUCCUCCCAAAAUUGUAAAGACCAAUCAGCAGGCCUAUCCUCUCUAUACAGAGAACCAUAGUGAGGGCUACCUGUUGUCUUGUGACCAGGAUGUAAAGACCAAACCUGGUUCUGAACCUUACUUUGUAAUUCCACAAAUCUGGCCUAAACAAUUGGUGCCUGGGAUAUGCAGCAUCCCUGUGACAUCACUGCCACCUCUGGAGUGGCCACUACCAAGUCGCACCGAUCAAUAUGAGCUACACAUUGAGGUUCAGCCCAAACCCCACCACAGAGCCCACUAUGAAACCGAAGGGAGCAGAGGGGCGGUUAAAGCCCCUACUGGAGGUCACCCGGUGGUCCAGCUUCGUGGAUAUAGGGGUAAGGAACCUCUGGGUCUGCAGAUCUUUAUUGGCACAGCAGAUGAGCGGAUCCUGAAGCCUCACGCUUUCUAUCAGGUUCAUCGCAUCACCGGCAAAACUGUUACAACCACCAGCUAUGAGAAGAUCAUUCAUGGCACCAAAGUCCUAGAAAUUCCCCUGGAGCCGAAGAAUAACAUGAAAGCAAUAAUUGAUUGUGCCGGAAUUCUGAAGCUUCGGAAUGCAGACAUCGAGCUGCGUAAAGGGGAGACGGACAUUGGCCGGAAAAACACUCGUGUUCGCCUGGUGUUCCGUGUUCAUAUUCCGCAGCCAGGCGGCCAAAAUGUGUCUCUCCAGGUGACUUCCCAUCCCAUUGAGUGCUCCCAGAGAUCUGCUCACGAGCUGCCCAUGGUGGAGAAGCAGGACAUGGACUCCUGUUCAGUUCUCGGGGGUCAGCAGAUGAUUCUCAGCGGUCAGAACUUCAGCUCGGACUCUAAAGUCAUCUUCACAGAGAAAACUCAGGACGGGCAGCAAAUUUGGGAAUUAGAAGCCACAGUGGACAAAGAUAAAAGUCAGGCAAGCAUGCUGUUCAUCGAGGUGCCUCCAUACAGAGACCCGUCCAUUUGCCUUCCAGCUAAAGUGAACUUCUAUGUGAUAAAUGGAAAGCGGAAGCGCAGUCAGCCUCAGCAUUUCACCUACACACCUUUACCAGUUCCUUCUAUUAAGACCGAGCCUGUUGAUGACUAUGAAUCUCGGCAAGUGAGAUACUCCAUGACACACAUGCUCGGGGUGUCUCCGCAGUCGUACUUUAACCCACGCGGGGUCAUCGGCCCAGACAGCGGACUGGUGCCUGCCCUCGUCCCCUGCCAGCAGCCUCGCUUGGGUGUCUCUCCUCCAGACCACCGCUUUCAGCAACAGAGCCCAGUAAUCUACCCCCGUCUUGGAAAGGGCUUGGCAAGCAAUUCAUCUGUUUACUCACAAUCAGGAGCCUCCAUGAUACCCGACUCCCAUCGCUCAGUACUGGUUCAUACGGGUUCCCCAGCUCAGUCCUCUCACCUGGGCGCUCAACAUCCCAACAACCAGCAUCCCUCGAUCAUCCAGUUCUCACCUACCAACCACCACCUACUCAGAGGAGGAGAUCCUCCGGCACCACAACCUCCAGAACAUCAGCACAUCAUUUAUUGUGAGGGCUAUAACCAAGGUGUAGGAGCAAACCGCUCCCCUGCCCCGGCCCAGGCACCCCAGCAGCCACAGAAUUACCCCACGGUCAUCCAACAGCAGCCGUUCGUGCAAAGGGUGGCCAAAGAGAGAUCGCCUCCUGUCCAGGCUGAGCCCCAAAGAUGUUCCUCCGCAGAAGAAGAGAGAACCAGCUCUCCUGGAAGAGUCACCGUGAAGGAAGAGAACUUGGAUCAGGCCUACCUUGAUGACGAUAAGAUGGCAUUUUAACCUGUAUGCAAGUGAAUGAGAUCAUAAGAAAAGAUCUGACAGGAGUGCAUGGCAGAAGUCAGACAUAAAGGAAAACUCAAAUCAGGAAGAGAGCAGGACCUCCCUCAGCCCUUAUCCCAACACCGUCCGACUGAAUGCCCCCUUUGGAUUCCUGAGCAAAACUGGAUCAUGGACCACAUUAAACCAGACAUCCAUCUCAGUCAAUGUGUAAAUAGUAUUGUUUUUCCCAGCUAUUUCGUCCAAAGUUGAUCUCAUAUGUCAAAGAUAUCAGAAACUUGUGCUCUUGAGCCGUCCUAACACUUUUUUGAAUUGGACAGGUGAAGUCAAUUUAUUCCCUCUUGUGGAUAUUUAUGUCAUAAGCUGUUGGCUCACAUGAAUAAAGUCACUCAUAUCAUGGUAUUCGAAGUAAUAACCUCAUCCUCUUGUUAAACAAAAUCUUAAGCCAUUACUGUCUGCAAGAUGCCCAAAAAAGUUGUUUUGCGCUUUUGAAGGGAAACUAGAUCACUAUACCAUCGCUAACAUUCAAUAUCGUUUUUCAUGAGGAAAACACACAAAUGAUUAAAAUCAAACCAUUGCCAAAUGCACCAUUAUUGAACGGCAUUUAAAACAAAAAGCAAGGUAUGCACUUCUUUUCAGUGACUUAUAUAUUUUUGGUAUACAAAGUGAGAGUUUUAUCAUGUAGUGAUUUAACAAAUACAGCUAAGUAUGAAAAACCAAAGAUUUUUUUUUCUAAAUAGAAAUGAUUGACAAGCCAGCCUCUGUGCCUUUACUUACAAUACUGUAAUGCUACCAGAGCACACACAAAAAAAGGAAAUAUAAAUCAUGUGCCAGAGCCCAUAAUGCAUUGCACUACAUUUAGGUUCUGAAAGGGUCACUUUGCCAUACUAGUACUAUAUGGUCUACAUCUUUCAAUAUUGUUUAUCUUGUCCAUACCAAUUCCAUCUGUUUUCUGCAUGUGUAGAGAUACAAAGCACUUGAAAUGUUCAUCUUUUUUUGAUGUAUUACAGUUUUGUUUCAUCUCAUUGAUGGUUUUAUUAUUUUUAACACAUCAGCUUUGGUUUUAUGACGCGUGCAUGUGUGCGUGUUAAGUAGUUACCCCACAUAUCUCUUUGUUAUAACAGUUUUCUGUUGUUUACUUUUUAAAAUUAAAUGCAAGUUGACAGCAAUUGGAUAAAUGUAAGGAACAAACAGAUAUAGCUUGUGUAGAUGGUAAAUUUUAGGAACAUUUUCGAAAGGACUCCUGCCCACUUUAAAAUGCAAAGUAUAUUUUUAUACGUCUUUAUAAUUUUGGCAAAAUAAUGAGAGUAAAUUAAUAAUUGAUUUGUAAGUCUGAAAUUUGUCUAUUCUAUUGGAACACGCUGUUAAAAGAUUGAUGCUUAUAUUUCCAUAGAGCCAUUCUUUCAGUGUACAGUGGGCGUCACCAGAACAGAAUGUAAACCUUUUAUCUUUAUUGUAAAUAGAUUACAUUAAAUGUGUAUAGAAUGUGUCUAUUAUUUUAUUUUUUAGAAUCAAACAGUCUUAAUAGGAAGCGAAUAUUUAUAUGAACUGAAUCAGUUGUUCUCAUGCCAUUUAAUAUCUUAUAUAAUCGAGGCUCUGGGAAUAUAUGCCAAAGUUUAUUCUGCCUGUAGACGAAUUGCAUUUAAGUGUUUUUAUUAUUAAUAUAAGAUUAUGUCAGUACCAAAGGAGAGACCAGUUAUAUUUUUUAUUUUAUCAGCUUAUCAUGAAUAUAGUCGUGUUUUGUUUUUGCUUAGCCAUGUCUAACCUAAGUUGUUUGGACUUUGAACAUGUUUAUGUUGUUUGUUGAGGCCAUGAGCAAUAAAACGGAAACAUUGAUUGUAUUCAUUCCCUAAUGACCACCAUUAAAUCUGACAUGAAAUA